AUGGAAAAAGCCAGCAAGCUCGAGUUGGACGAUUAUUUGAAUGCCAAGCGAGACAAGCCUUGUUGGGCGGUCGUCAAAUUGCUGAUGGAAUGGGGCUCCUGGAAGGGGCCUCAGCCGUAUUCCGAAGUUGAACAGCAUGACGCAUGCAAGGGAAACCGAUGUGAAUACUGGCCGCGAAGUUGUGCCACAGCUUACAUGAGCUGUACUCUGCAUUACGGUGUACCGGCAGCUAGAUAUACUUCGUCAGGCGCAGCCGCAACCGCAGCCCUGUUCAUAUUAUACAAAGAUGCGCAUGGUAUGAAUAAGCACCAUAACAAGUUGAUAGCCAUGAAACCGACGCCAUGUCGACAUGCAGAGUUUCGGAUUGCCAAUGAGAGACCGAGUCCAUCUGUACUCUAUUCGUUACUCGGCUCGGGAGAAAGACACCUGUGGAACAAGCGCCUCUUGCUCAGCUCUGAAAUUGCCAUGGGCCGGAUGGAUAUUUGGCUUGAUAAGAAACAUCUUAGUGUACGAAUUCUAGGCUUGAUCAGGUAA